CUCUCUCUCUCUCAUCUCAUCUCUGCAGACAUCAAUUCCCUUUUUUGACUAAAAUUCUCUAUCUGCUUUUUAAUCCAUUUUUCAAAGUGAUUCUUCUUCUUCUCUCUUCACCAAAAAUCUCUCCUUUCUUCUUCUUCCGCAGCUCGGAACUAUCUAAUCUCAUUUGGAUUUUGAAGUUUUUUUCUUUUCUUUUGUUUCCUCUCUAUCUCGUGCUCUGGUCAAGUUCUAAUCUUUUUUCUGCGGAUGAGUUUAGAUUCCGUCAAAGUAAUGGAGCAAUCGAACAAACCCAACGAGAGCGAGAAGAAGAAGAAGAGGAAGAAGCAGAAGAAGAACAAUGUCAGGAACAGCGAAGAAGAAGAAGCAAAUGGGUGCUGGGUCAAAUUUAGGGUUAUGGUUUGUUGCCUACCUUCAACUUCAGACGUUGAUAGCUCAUCUCCCACUCUCUCUACCACCACUCUGGGGAGUAAGUCUGCAACAACUGUGAAAUCAAAUGAGCAACCAGCUGGCCCUGUUUCUUCUUCUACAACCGCAACUAGCAAUGCUGAAAGCUCUCUGUCCACUCCUAUGAUCAGUGAAGAGCUUAAGAUCUAUUCUCACCUCAAGCAGUUUUCUUUCCUUGAUCUCAAGUUAGCUACUAGAAAUUUCAGACCCGAGAGUCUCCUCGGGGAAGGCGGCUUUGGUUGUGUCUUCAAAGGAUGGGUCGAGGAGAACGGAACUGCUCCUGUUAAGCCUGGCACUGGCCUUACUGUGGCAGUUAAAACCUUAAAUCUUGAUGGACUUCAGGGUCAUAAAGAGUGGCUUGCUGAGAUUAACUAUCUUGGCAAUCUUCUGCAUCCGAACCUUGUUAAACUGGUGGGUUAUUGUAUCGAAGAUGACCAAAGGCUGCUGGUUUAUGAGUUUAUGCCUCGAGGAAGUUUGGAGAAUCAUCUCUUCAGAAGGUCGUUGCCUCUUCCAUGGUCGAUUCGGAUGAGGAUUGCAUUAGGUGCUGCCAAGGGUCUCAGUUUCCUUCACGAAGAAGCUCUUAAGCCUGUCAUAUAUCGUGAUUUCAAAACCUCCAACAUUUUACUAGAUUCAGACUACAAUGCCAAACUAUCAGAUUUUGGGCUUGCCAAAGAUGCUCCUGACGAAGGCAAAACACAUGUCUCUACUCGAGUCAUGGGCACUUAUGGUUACGCCGCUCCUGAGUAUGUUAUGACUGGUCACUUGACAUCUAUGAGCGAUGUUUACAGUUUCGGUGUGGUUCUACUCGAAAUGCUGACUGGUAGAAGAUCCAUGGACAAGAACCGACCAAGUGGUGAGCAAAACCUCGUUGAAUGGGCUAGACCGCAUCUUCUCGACAGGAGAAGAUUCUACCGGCUGCUUGAUCCGAGGCUGGAAGGUCAUUUCUCCAUCAAAGGAGCUCAGAAAGUGACUCAGCUUGCAGCCCAAUGCCUUAGCCGUGAUUCCAAGAUCAGACCCAAAAUGAGUGAAGUGGUUGAAGUCCUUAAGCCACUCCCAAUGCUCAAAGACAUGGCUAGCUCUUCCUACUACUUCCAGACAAUGCAAGCCGAGCGGUUGAAAGCUGGGUCUGGGUCGGGUCGUGGGUUGGGGUCGAGAAACGGGCAACCGGUGCUUAGGACACUGUCUAGUCCUCAUGGACAAGCCGGUUCUUCACCUUAUCGUCAUCAGAUUCCGUCUCCUAAGCCCAAAGGUGCAACUACUUAGCUAUAUCUCAUUUCCUUUAGAGGCUAUUUCUUGUGACGCAAGGAAACUGUCUGUUUUUUAACCAAUAUUCUUAACCGAUUUAGAGAAAGGCAAAUUAUGGUGUAUAAGAUUGAUCUGAAAGAAGAUCUGAUGUUGUGGAUUUACAUUUACCCUUUGUAACAUCCUGUUUCGUAUUCUAUUGUAUGCUUUUAACGGUUGUCUCAGUAUUUACUGUCAUUCAUUAUUA